UUUACAUUGAGAUAUUGUGUUUCGUUAUUUCGAAAAGAACUGGUGAUAGAGCUGUGGUAGCCAACUCCAAAGGGACAUGCAUGAAUCGGUGUUCAUGUUAAAGAAAGUGUGUAGCCUAUACUUUACCAGAUUCAUACCAAUAUCACUAAACAUGACCCCCAUGUAUGCCUUGCUUCUCAACUAAUCUUUUCCCUCCAACUAAAACCAUAUCCGAUUCAUAUCUCCCCCACAGGACAUCACUCCUGCCUAGCGUAUUCUAUUUGCUCCAGCUCAAGCUGGAACUUCUAGUUUCGAGUUAGUUUUCCAUAUAUAGGACCACACCCUGCUUGCUUCAUUUCAAGGAAAAGAGGCGGCUGCGCAGCUCCCCCUCACGAAUGCGCACUAAGUAACUUAGGUGACGGAGACAGAGAGAGAUGGAGAAUGGAGAGAGAGCUCAGGGAACUUUUGCAAGGAAGAAGGCCGGUCCUGGGAAAGCCACCAUCUUGGCCCUUGGCAAGGCUUUUCCUAACCAGCUUGUCAUGCAGGAGUUUCUGGUUGAUGGGUAUUUCAGGAACACCAACUGUGAUGAUCCUGACCUCAAACAGAAGCUGACUCGUCUAUGCAAAACAACCACAGUCAAAACGAGGUAUGUGGUCAUGUCCGAAGAGAUCCUCGAGAAGUAUCCAGAGCUUGCCAUGGAAGGCCUCCCCACGGUAAAGCAAAGGCUAGAUAUCUGCAAUGAGGCAGUGACGGAGAUGGCCAUCGAGGCUUCGCAAGCUUGCAUCAAGAAGUGGGGCAGACCCGUCUCGGACAUUACCCACUUGGUCUAUGUCUCGUCUAGUGAAGCACGUCUGCCAGGUGGAGACCUGUAUCUCGCGAAGGGGCUCAGGCUCAGCCCAGAAACCCGCCGGGUCAUGCUCUACUUCGUUGGCUGUUCUGGAGGUGUCGCCGGACUUCGGGUAGCAAAGGAUAUAGCAGAAAACAAUCCCGGUAGCCGGGUUUUGCUCGCUACGUCGGAAACUACCAUUAUUGGGUACAAGCCACCGAGCGCUGAGAGGCCAUAUGAUCUCGUUGGGGUUGCAUUAUUUGGCGAUGGUGCUGGAGCAAUGAUAAUUGGGGCUGACCCGGAUUUAAGCAUCGAGAAGCCUCUCUUCGAACUUAAUACGGCCAUUCAGCAUUUCUUACCAGAUACCGAAAAGAUUAUAGACGGGAGGUUGACAGAAGAGGGAAUAAGCUUUAAACUGGCAAGAGAGCUUCCUCAGAUCAUUGAAGAUAACAUCGAAGGCUUCUGCACAAAGUUGAUGGAACCUAUUGGCUUAUCCAACGAAGACUAUAACAAAAUCUUCUGGGCAGUCCACCCAGGUGGACCGGCAAUCUUGAAUCGACUUGAGAAGAGACUCAACUUGUUGCCAGAGAAAUUAAGUGCGAGUAGGCAAGCUUUAAAGGACUAUGGGAAUGCCAGUAGCAAUACCAUUGUGUACGUUCUUGAUUAUAUGCUGAAAGAGAGCACGAAGAUGAAAAAGGAAGACCAAAGCCCUGAUGAGUUAGGCUUGAUUCUGGCGUUUGGACCUGGGGUUACAUUUGAAGGUAUUCUUGCGAGGAACCUCACUGUUUGAGUAAAACCCAGAGCCCCCCUAGUCGUGGACACUCAUAUCCUCAUAAAUUACGUAUAGAAUUCAUCUUAGCAGUUUCAUCGGCCAGACAGGUUUUCAUGAGAAAUGAUAGCUUUUAUUUGAGAUACACAAAGAAGGUUGUGUCUUCAGACAAAUUAAAAGAUUGCAUUUUCCAGAUUCAA